GACUGCACCAGAGUUUCUAAAGAGUGCGAGAGAAACCACAACACAUCUCGAGAAGCCAUGGCGAUCGCCUUGGGCUGCCGCCUCAGCGUUCUUGCCUCCCGGUACAAGGAUGUGAAUCUAAAAACACAGAACAAGCGCAAUGGGGUUGCAUGCAGUUCUAAUUUGAAUGCAAUGCCUAUACUGUCAAGCAGCAGGAGCCUACAGCUUAGUCACAAUCUGCAUUCUUGGGCUCCGAAAGGAUUGCCGAGCUUGCACAUUUCUUCUACGUCAUCCACACUGUUAAGAGGGGAUCAAGGCAAUCAGUCACACAACAUAUCCGUCUUACCAAGACAACGGAGAUCUUCAACUUUGGCACAAGCACAGAAGAGUAACUCAAUCAGUAUACCUUUUCCGAAAAUGAAAGAGAAGCCGGAAUGGUGGUGGAGAACUUUAGCAUGUCUCCCCUACUUAAUCGCUUUGCAGAUGUCUGAUGCCGGGUUUUAUAUUCAACCCUUAGCAGAACACUAUGAAUUGUUUGGAGACUUGGUUUAUUAUGUCCCAGGAGCAAUAAAGAGGUUACCGUAUUGGUUCACAAUGAUAUAUUUCUUCUUCGCAUACUUUGGAGUGGUGAAGAGAAAAGAGUGGCCUCACUUCUUCAGGUACCACGUAAUCAUGGCAAUGCUAUUAGAAACAAUGCUGCAAGUAGUGUGGUACUCGAGCAAUUUUUUCCCGCUUAUACACUUCAACGGCACAUUCGGCAUAGAAUACUGGGCGGUCGUGGCAGUCGUGUACGUUUCGGUCUUGCUCGAGUGUAUAAGGUGUGCUCUUGCCGGCAAGUAUGUUAAACUCCCAUUCUUUAGUACCCCUGCUUUAGUCCAUACUCUUUUCCAAGUAGAAGGAUACCAUAAACCUUUCUGAAGGGUUGUGUUAUUAUAAAUUGAUUAUUUGGCUUAUUUUCUUAUGUAUUAUUAUACAAGACUGGCGGAGCCUAGUAGCAUGGGUUUGUAACUAAGCAGGGCAUUGAAGUAAUUGAUUGUUUAGAUUAUACGAGACUGUCACACAAAAACGUAUGAAAUACAAUCCUCUGGUUUACGUA